UCGCCGCCGCCGGGCCGCCCGGGUCCUUUUAAAGGGUCCGGGGUGCGGGCCCCGAGCGGGAGCGCCCAGCACGGGCUGCGCUCUUAAAGGGCCAGCCCGAGCCGCGCGGGAGGGGGGCGGGGGCAGCGGUAAGUGAGGCGCGGACCGGGCCGGCCGCGGAGAGCCCCCCACUCCCGCGCCGAGGCGGCGGCGGCGGCGGCGGCGGCGCGACGAAGAAGAUGAUGAAUACAUUGCAAAGUUUUUUUGGCCCCGGCGAGGGGUGUCAGAUUGAGUGCUCUGUGCGCAUGUGCGAAGGUGUCCAAACUGACAAUACUGGAGAGAUGAAGAUAGUGUGUAGCCGCUCCUGGACUCGAGGAGGAGGAGAGAGAUUCCGCGCGCCGGCACCAUGCGCUCCAAGGCGCGGGCGAGGAAGCUAGCCAAAAGCGACGGCGACGUUGUAAAUAAUAUGUACGAGCCUGACCCGGACCUGCUGGCCGGCCAGAGCGCCGAGGACCAGACAGAAGACAGCAUCAUGUCACCCAUCCCCAUGGGGCCGCCGUCACCCUUCCCCACGAGCGAGGACUUCACUCCCAAAGAGGGCUCGCCCUACGAGGCCCCCGUCUACAUCCCCGACGACAUCCCGGUGCCCCCCGACUUCGAACUCCGAGAGUCCUCCAUCCCGGGUGCCGGCCUGGGCAUCUGGGCCAGGAAGAGGAUGGAAGCCGGUGAGAGGUUCGGGCCCUACGCGGCAGCACCCCGGGCGGCACUCAAGGAGACGGGCUUCGGCUGGGAGCACGUGCUGGCAGAGGUGGACGCGUCCCCGCAGGAGAGCUGCAUCCGGAAGCAGAUCUCCGAGGACCUGGGCACUGACAAGUUCCUGGACGCCCGGCACGCGGCGGCGGGCAGCUGGCUCAAGUACAUCCGCGUGGCCUGCUCCUGUGAUGACCAGAACCUCACCAUGUGUCAGAUCAACGAGCAGAUUUACUACAAGGUCAUCAAGGACAUCGAGCCGGGUGAGGAGCUGCUGGUGCAUGGGAGGGAAGGCGCCUAUGCCCUGGGUGCAGUGCCACCAGCUCUUGAUGAGGAGCCUGCGUUCCGUUGUGAUGAGUGUGAUGAGCUCUUCCAGUCCAAGCUGGACCUGCGACGCCACCAGAAGUACGCGUGCGGCGUGGUGGGGGCCACACUGGACGAGGGCCUGGGCCAGGGGCUGCAGCCUCCAGGCCUCGGCGGCGGGGGCGGCGACGGGCAGGCCCACGAGUGCAAGGACUGCGAGCGGAUGUUCCCGGACAAGUACAGCCUGGAGCAGCACAUGGUCGUGCACACCGAGGAGCGUGAGUACAAGUGUGACCAGUGCCCCAAAGCCUUCAACUGGAAAUCCAACCUCAUUCGCCACCAGAUGUCCCACGACAGCGGCAAGCGCUUCGAAUGUGAAAACUGCGUGAAGGUGUUCACAGACCCCAGCAACCUACAGCGGCACAUCCGCUCGCAGCACGUGGGAGCGCGGGCCCAUGCCUGCCCCGACUGUGGCAAGACCUUCGCCACGUCUUCAGGCCUCAAGCAACACAAACACAUCCACAGCACGGUCAAGCCCUUCAUAUGCGAGGUCUGCCACAAGUCCUACACGCAGUUCUCCAACCUGUGCCGGCACAAGCGCAUGCACGCCGACUGCCGUACGCAGAUCAAGUGCAAGGACUGCGGCCAGAUGUUCAGCACCACCUCGUCCCUCAACAAGCACCGGCGCUUCUGCGAGGGCAAGAACCAUUACACCCCCGGCGGCCUCUUUGCCCCAGGCCUGCCCUUGACCCCAGGCCCCGUGAUGGACAAGGCAAAGGCCUCCCCGAACCUCAACCACGCCGGCCUGGGCUUCGGGGAGUACUUCCCCUCCAGGCCGCACCCCGGCAGCCUCCCCUUCUCCGCAGCGCCCCCGGCCUUCCCGGCUCUCACGCCCGGCUUUCCUGGCAUCUUCCCCCCAUCGCUGUACCCCCGGCCACCACUGCUCCCUCCCACGCCGCUGCUCAAGAGCCCACUGAACCACACCCAGGACGCCAAGCUCCCCAGUCCCCUGGGGAACCCGGCCCUGCCCCUGGUCUCGGCAGUGGGCAGCAGCAGCCAGGGCACCACAGUGGCGUCCGCGGGGGCCGAGGAGAAGCUGGAAGGCCGCCUGGAGGAGGCGCUGGCGGAGAAGUUCAAGGCCAGGAGCAGCGACCUGUCGGACGGCAGUGACUUCGAGGACAUCAACACCACCACGGGCACCGACCUGGACACCACCACGGGCAGCGGCUCAGACUUGGACAGCGACCUGGACAGCGAUCGUGACAAGGGCAAGGCCGCCGAGGGCAAAGCGGCCUUCGGAGGUGGCCCAGCGCCCGCGGGCAUGGCCAACAGCGUGCCCGAGGUGCCCGUCUUCUACUCCCAACACUCCUUCUUCCCGCCGCCCGACGAGCAGCUGCUGACGGCCUCGGGCGCCGCCGGGGACUCCAUCAAGGCCAUCGCGUCCAUCGCCGAGAAGUACUUCGGGCCCGGGCUGAUGGGCAUGCAGGAGAAGAAGCUGGGCGCGCUGCCUUACCACUCGGUCUUCCCCUUCCAGCUGCUGCCCAGCUUCCCCCACUCCCUCUACCCCUUCACGGACCGCGCCCUCGCCCACAACCUGCUGGUCAAGGCUGAGGCCAAGGCGCCCCGGGACGCCCUCAAGGCCGGAGGCCCCAGCACCGAGUGCCCCUUCGACCUCACCACCAAACCCAAAGACGCCAAGCCCGUCCUUCCCACGCCCAAGGCGCCCUCGGUCCCCGCCUGCGGCGAGGAGCAGCCCCUGGACCUGAGUAUCGGCAGCCGUGCCCGCGCCAGCCAGAAUGGGGGCACCCGGGAGCCACGCAAGAACCACGUGUAUGGCGAGCGAAAGCCGGGAGCCGGCGGCGAGGGGCUGCCCAAGGCGUGCCCAGCGCAGCUGCCCCAGCAGCCCUCGCUGCACUAUGCCAAGCCCUCGCCCUUCUUCAUGGACCCCAUCUACAGCAGGGUGGAGAAGCGGAAGGUAGCGGACCCCGUGGGUGUCCUGAAGGAGAAGUACCUUCGACCAUCACCACUGCUCUUCCACCCCCAGAUGUCAGCCAUCGAAACCAUGACGGAGAAGCUGGAGAGCUUCGCGGCCAUGAAAGCCGACGCGGGCAGCGCCCUGCAGCCCCUCCCCCACCACCCCUUCAACUUCCGGUCACCACCCCCGACGCUCUCGGACCCCAUCCUGCGGAAGGGCAAGGAGCGGUACACGUGUAGGUACUGCGGGAAGGUCUUCCCCAGGUCAGCAAACCUCACAAGACACCUGAGGACGCACACCGGGGAGCAGCCAUACAGGUGUAAGUACUGUGAUCGCUCCUUCAGCAUCUCGUCCAACCUGCAACGGCACGUGCGUAACAUCCACAACAAGGAGAAGCCCUUCAAGUGCCACCUGUGCAACCGCUGCUUCGGGCAGCAGACCAACCUGGACCGGCACCUCAAGAAACACGAACACGAGAGUGUGCCAGUGAGCCAGCCCUCGGGGGCACUCACGAACCACCUGGGGACCAGCGCCUCCUCCCCCACCUCCGAGUCGGACAACCACGCCCUGCUGGACGAGAAGGAGGACUCGUACUUCUCCGAAAUCAGGAACUUCAUCGCCAACAGCGAGAUGAGCCAGGCGUCUGCACGGACAGAGCAGCGGCCUGAGGUCGAGGACCUGGACGGGAGCCCCCAGUGUCCAGGCUUAGCCGGCGAGAAGCCGGAGGAGGAGGAGGAGGAAGAGGAGGAGGAAGACGAGGACAGCCUGGCGGGGAAGUCGCAGGAAGACGUGGCGUCACCCGUGCCCGAGCCCCAGGGUGUCUACGAGGAGGAGGAGGAAGAGGAGGAGCCACCACCGGCCUUGGCCGGGGGCUUCGACCACACCCGGAGGUGUGAUGAGGAGCCGGAAGGCGGCCUGUUAGCUUUGGAACCAAUGCCGACCUUUGGCAAGGGGCUGGAUCUCCACAGAGCGGCAGAGGAAGCAUUUGAAGUUAAAGAUGUGCUUAAUCCCACCCUAGAUUCUGAGGCUUUAAAGCAGACCCUGUACAGGCAGGCUAAGAACCAGGCGUACGCAAUGAUGCUGUCCCUGUCUGAGGACACUGCACUCCACACGCCCUCCCAGGGCUCGCUGGGCGCCUGGCUGAACAUGACCGGAGCGGCCUCGGAGCCCGGCACCUUCCACCCCGUCAAGCACCUCUGAUGGGCCCAGGGCCCAGGCUGCGGUCCAGCUGUGCAGGAUGAAGGCAGCAGAGGCCAGGGAGAAGCCCCCUGUCGCCUGCUCCCGGCCGUGCCCCAGCAGCCGUCCCCUGCCCACGAGGUUCGCAUGCAACUUUCCCGAAGAAGACUCACGCCGAGGCCACAGGCCCUGGAGCCAAGGCCAGGAGGGGCUCCACCUCACCCUUGGAAGCCACCCUGGGAGCCGCCACCCAGCCCCGGCCCUGGCACGGGCAGCAGCCUCAACCCUGGGCAGGGACUGAGCGGGGGCCCACGGGGCGGGGCGCGUCGCCGAAGGGACAGCUCUGGAGAGAGAUGGCACAACCGAUUUUUAUAACCAGAAUGAGAAUGAUGCUUUUGGUAAUCUUACUGACUACAGAGUCUAUUUAAGCAUGUGGGUUUUAAAAAUAGACAGUAUUUUUUAAAAAUCAAAAAAGAAAACCGACUUGCAAAUUGUUUUUUAAGAGUAAUUUUGCAUUGCUUUGACGGUCCGGCUCAUCGGCCGCCCCGGGUCAGCCUGGGCGCCAGCUCAGGCACGGGUGUGCUGUUUAUACUGUAGAUAAUGGGGCGUUUUCUAGCUCCGAUCCUGUUUGUACAAGCCACGUUGAUCCUGGCACCCGAGGCCAAAUGCGGGGUACAGACUGUAUCGAGGCGUCCCAGACGCCAGGCCCGGGCCGCGGGCCUACCUGAGGCCAGGACUGGGAAGCUGUGUGACUGUGUGACAGAAAUUGCAGCUGCAGGGGACUCCGUGGGCCCCAGUGCUACCCAGCACACACAGGGCCCCUGGCCACCGCCUGAAGGCCAGACCUGUUGGCCAUGCUCUGGGUCGGCGGCCACCCUGCCCCUCCACC